UGUCCCGGCGCGGUUAUACCGACGGGGAAUCGUAAGUUCGCGAUUUUACGAUAGUUUUCUUAAUGUGAACUUUUGUGUCGUGACCGAGCUGUGACUUCAUGAGAGAUACUUCAAAUAUGAAGAUGAAGAGAAAGCACAGAGAAAUGACAGAGUAGAACCGUAUAUAAAAGACACUCCAUAAUGUGAUCCAUUCGAAAGCGAUGUCUACUAAAACACCAAACAUAUAUAUCACAACAUCACACUUCCAAAAUCUAAACCUAUCAAAGAGAUCGAAUACAGAGUUGAUCAAAGAAAACAAUUUCAACGAAGCUGUUUACGAGAAAGAUGAUGAUAAAAAUAAAGGCAAAGAUGCUAGUGACUUUAUGAUGCUGGUUGAAGAUUUUAGUGAUUAUUUUUAUGGGAAUGCUAGCCACGAAGUGUUUAGUGCACAUAAUCAAACGCUAGAGAUCUUAAACGAUGUAUAUACCAACUGUUCCUACAAUGGUACGUUUAACGUGUCUUGUUUCGGUCGAGUUGAACCAAUGCCGCAGUAUAACUUCUGGGCCUUGUUGCUGUUGAUAUUUCCAUUUUUCACGCUGUUCGGCAAUGUGUUGGUGAUUAUGAGUGUAGUGAGGGAGAGAACACUGCAGACAGUAACGAACUAUUUCAUAGUGAGUCUUGCUGUUGCUGACUUGCUGGUUGCCGUUGUCGUGAUGCCUUUCGGAGUUUAUUAUUUGGUACACGGCUCUUGGGGGUUGCCAGCGUUCGUAUGUGACGUUUACAUCGCAAUGGAUGUCACUUCAUCUACGUCCAGUAUUUUCAAUCUCGUGGCCAUCUCCGUGGAUAGGUACAUAGCGGUAACCCAGCCGAUCAAAUACGCGAAGCACAAAAACAAUAGGCGUGUGUGGUUUACGAUUGUGCUUGUGUGGAUGAUAUCUGCUGCCAUCGGUGCUCCCAUCGUCCUCGGACUCAACGACACUCCGGACAGGAACUACGACGAGUGCCUCUUCAACAGCCUCAACUAUGUUCUCUACUCCUCACUUGGCUCUUUCUACAUUCCCUGCAUCAUGAUGAUGUUCCUCUAUUAUAAUAUUUUCAAGGCUCUAAGGAAACGAGCUAAGAAACAAAGAGCAGCUAAGAAGCCACCCGUGGCAGGGGAGCCUCUAACGGGCACUUCUACGGCGGUUAUCAUUGAGAACAUCACGCAGACCAGACAGUUGGAGACCGCGCUAGACGACCGGCCUACUAACACCGGCUCGGGGAGUAACGAGGAUGAUCAUGAGGACAGCUUCGACAAGAGAUCGAUCGAGUUGGACGUAGACGCAGACGAGUGCCACGUGAUACCAAACGACAAGUCUACAGAAUUUAUGCUGGCCACAGUCACUGAGGAGACUCACAAAUCACCUUUGAAGAAGCUCAAGACUCAAAUAAAUCAAGAUCCCAACGGCAACAAUGACUCAGGAUAUGCUGCAUCCAAUAUGGAGGAUCACCUACGGGAACACUCAUCACCUCCCGUUUCGCCGGCGAUGAGAAAUGCUACCGUGAUGAAGAAUAUGUCUUGUGAUAAGUGGAAAAAGAACGGGAAGAGAUUAGAAAAUGAUUCCAGAAACGCAUCACUGGCAUUUCGAUCAGAAGACGAUCUUGCCUCCAGCCAUUACGACAUCCGAGAGGGAUCCAACAGCAAGAAAGAAAGAAAGGCAAGCUCUACAGCACGCUUUACAAUUUACAAGGCAAACAAAGCAAGCAAGAAGAAGCGGGAGAAGUCUUCGGCGAAAAAAGAAAGAAAGGCAACUAAGACAUUGGCUAUUGUUUUAGGAGUAUUUCUCUUCUGCUGGACCCCGUUCUUCACAUGCAAUGUUUUGGAUGCCAUCUGUGCAAAAUUUGGUAUCCAGUUCUCACCAGGAGUCACUGUCUUCAUCCUUAACACAUGGCUCGGCUACAUUAACUCUUUUCUUAAUCCCGUUAUCUAUACAAUUUUUAACCCUGAAUUCAGAAAAGCAUUUCGAAAAAUACUCAAGUGUGGUCCCUAGCGUUUGGACUAUGUUAUUGUUUUUCACUAAAAUAUCUUUUUAGAUGAUAGACGCUAUAUUUGGUGUAUAUCUUAUCUCUGAUAUAUAAAAAUGUACCGAAAUCUUGAAAAAUGUAAAUAAAUGUAUAAAACAACGA